AUGCCUCACACCACCGUGGGUAGCCUGCCUCCCUCCUCGUUCCUGUCCCACCCCAAUCCGCAGGCUCAACCCCAGCCGUCGCAAGCCUACCAUCCUCCUCAUAGCGUGCUGCCUCCCGCGUCCAGCGCGCAGACCUAUCCCCAGCCGAUUGCGCCGGCGCCUCCGCGUGAUCGUCGCUCGGACUUCUCCGGUCUUCCGUCAGGUGCUUUCAGCUACUCCGAUAACAAGGGAUCGCCUUGGAUGAACCCCGACCCUGUUGCAGGUGCAAACGGUGCUCCCCCGUAUGCUGCGAAGGAACCACCUAGGACCCAGGUUGUUGGGUCGCAGGGCCGCCGCGGAAUUUUGCCGAGCGUUCCGGGACGCGCGACUCCCGUCACGAACGGUGUCAAUGGUACCGCGAAGAACACUACUAUUCCGGCCAAGGAUGCGGAUGGAAAGUUCCCUUGCCCGCACUGUAACAAGACCUAUCUUCAUGCGAAGCAUCUGAAGCGCCAUUUGCUCAGACACACUGGAGACCGUCCGUACAUGUGUGUGCUCUGCAAGGAUACCUUCUCUCGCAGUGAUAUCCUCAAGCGCCACUUCCAGAAGUGCUCGUUGCGCCGCGGUAACCCUACUGGGGCGACUCACCUGUCGCACCCUCAGGCACACUUGAAGCGGUCUCAAGCUGCGCAAAACGCCGUUAAACCCGUUCAGGAUGAAGUCAAUACGACCGUCCCGCAUCCCAACGGUAUGCCGGGUGCUACGUAUGGCGAGGCGCCCGUGAACGGCAAUGGCAUGGCUCCCGGUCGCCCCGGAUAUCCGGAACAGCAGCCUUUGGGAUUCUCCAUGCCUUCCGUCAAUGGGAUGAACCGCGGUCAGCCCGAAGACGCGUUCCCCGGCGGACAGCCUCACCAGCGUGGACCUUGGCUUGCUGCUCCCAAGCAGAACCCAUACAUGGUGCAGCCUGGCGCAGAUGCAAAUGGCCAGCAGCUGAAUGUUGAUCGUCCUCCUAUUGAGCAGGUAAAGCCCCCGGUUGUUCAAGACCCUAAACGUCCUGUCAUGCCUGGACCUCCCAAUCACGCUGGCGAAAUUGACUGGACUUCGAUGUUUCAGCCCGGAGCGUCCGACGGUUACAUCAAUCCCGUCUUCCCCCAGACCAUGGCGUCCGGCCAGGAGCCUAUCCACGCUCACGUCGACACCGAACGCAAGUUUUACCCCACCACCACCGCUGGUCCCCAGGAGGGUGGGAUGAAUGGUCUCUACCUGGCUUCGACCACGCUGAGUGGCGACGCGAUAUCUUGCAAUGCUAGUCAUUUGUCUGGGAGUAUCGAUGGGGACGCUUCUCCGAUCAUGCUGAUGAUGCUCUUACAUAAGGGUUUACAUGCUAUGCGGUUUGGCGCCUUAUCAGUCUCCUGGAUCAUGCGCAUGAACCCAGCCUGGAAAAUCACAUGAAUGAUUAUCGAGGGUUAUCCCUAUAAAAGAAAAAAAUAUGAACCGGAAAAUGGAAGGGAAGGGGAAAAAAUACAGAUAGAAAAAAGCUCGUUUCGGCCACCGACUCCGCGCAGCGCGCCACAGCGUUGGUCUAGAUUACAGCAUCCGGAUCACUCAUUGUUAUGAAAAACGUCUUCUUUUGUCCUACUGGGUUAUCUGGUCGUCCAUUGUUUAUUUGAAAAAUCUUGUGAGCAUUUUCUACGGCGAGUGCAGAUUUGCGGUGAUUCUGGACCUGUUUUGUUAUGUUUCCAUCCAUUAUGAGUGGGUUGAUGGGAUGGUGUGUGUGGUUUUUUAACUGGCGUCCAAUCAUAGACUUGGGCAUGUGUUUGAUUUUUGUUGCGUCAAGGGCUCUCUCAUCUUAACGAGUCAUCAAAAGAUUUCUUGCGGGGAAGGCUUCCGUCCACUCUUCGUUUCGCGUUGCAUGUUCCCUUUUCCUGUUC